AUCUUUUCUCAGCCAACAACAAUGAACAAAUAGAUUUGUGGAUAUAACAAUCAGAUAAAAGGAUAAGCCAAAACAAAUGCCAACCAUCCGAUCCUAAAUAUCACACCAACCAACGGUAGAUCACAAACAGAGAACAACAACCACAUGAAUGCUCCUCAUAAGCCAUACUCAUUCUCAAAACAAAACCAUCAACAACAUUUUCAUCUUCCAUUUUCACUCUUUUUUUUUUCUUCUUUGUCAUUGCUACCAUUAUUAUUAGUAGUAGUUGAUCAUGGCCACUGUUACUACACAGGCUUCGGCUGCCAUUUUCCGGCCAUGCGGUUUGAAAUCGAGGUUUCUUGCCGGUUCUUCUGGUUAUAAAUUGAAUAGAGAAGUGGCUUUUAGGCCAGUUAAGUGUUCACCUUCUGCUUCUUUUAAGGUUUUUGCCAAGAAAGGAGAGUGGUUGCCUGGCUUGGCCUCCCCUGGUUAUCUCACUGGCAGUCUUCCCGGAGACAAUGGAUUCGAUCCAUUGGGACUCGCAGAGGAUCCAGAGAACUUGAAAUGGUUUGUUCAAGCCGAGCUUGUAAACGGACGUUGGGCCAUGUUAGGUGUUGCAGGGAUGUUACUUCCUGAGGUCUUAACCAGCAUUGGAAUCAUCAAUGUUCCAAAAUGGUAUGAUGCAGGGAAAGAAGAAUACUUUGCUUCAUCAUCAACACUCUUUGUGAUUGAGUUCAUUUUGUUCCAUUAUGUUGAGAUUAGAAGAUGGCAAGACAUUAAGAACCCUGGUAGCGUUAACCAAGAUCCUAUCUUUAAGCAAUACAGCUUGCCAAAGGGUGAGGUUGGUUACCCUGGUGGAAUUUUUAACCCUUUGAACUUUGCACCAACUUUGGAAGCUAAAGAGAAGGAAAUUGCCAAUGGAAGAUUGGCAAUGUUGGCAUUCUUGGGAUUUAUAAUUCAGCACAAUGUGACAGGAAAAGGACCAUUUGACAACCUGUUGCAGCACCUUUCAGACCCAUGGCACAACACCAUUGUCCAAACACUGAGUGGAGGAAACUAAAAUGUUUGUUGUAUCCAAUGACAUGAAAGCCUAUGUUCUCUUCAUGUAAUCCUUAAUGGAUGAAUUUUGAAAGACAUUUUGGCAUGAUUGUUAACAUCCAUAAUCUAUUUUCAUGUACAGAGGAACUAAGAUGGUUUUGUAUUGUUAAUUAUAUUCUCAAGCAUGUUAACUAGUGUCCUCGGUGA